CCCACCUUUCAGUGUCUUGCCAAAACAAGAUAGCCAAUAUCUUUUCCUCUUCAGUGCUACAUCCCCCGGUCUCAUUAUUGUUUCCCUGAAAAAAUGCAGCGAAUCAUCAAACCCAAGGCGGUGUUAUCAAGAAGAAAGCCGAUCAUCUUAUGCCGUCAAUCUCUGUCCACGCUAUCGCAGCAGUCCCAUUCCAGUACGUCCAUCCAAGAAAAUGACGCAUUUGUUUCCCAAAUGCCCCCCUUCGACUACACCCCACCUCCCUAUUCCGGCCCCUCCACCGAAGAAAUCCUCCGGAAACGCCAGCAAUAUCUCAGCCCUGCCAUCUGCCAUUUCUACAAAAAACCUUUGAAUUUGGUAGAUGGGAAAAUGCAAUACUUAUUCGACGAAAAGGGUCGUAGAUAUUUGGAUGCGUUUGGCGGGAUAGCAACUGUGUGUUGUGGGCACUGUCACCCUGAUGUGGUGGAUGCAAUUGUUAAUCAGACUAAGCGAUUGCAGCAUUCCACCGUUUUAUAUCUCAAUCAUGCCAUUGCUGAUUUUGCUGAAGCUCUUGCAUCUAAACUCCCCGGCGAUCUCAAGGUUGUUUUCUUUACAAAUUCUGGGACAGAGGCGAAUGAGUUGGCAAUGCUGUUGGCACGUCUGUACACGGGUUACCACGAUAUCAUUUCUCUGAGGAACUCUUAUCAUGGAAAUGCUGCUGGAACAAUGGGAGCUACUGCUCAGAGCAACUAUAAAUUCAAUGUUAUGCAGACAGGAGUACACCAUGCCCUAAACCCAGACCAGUACAGAGGAAUCUUUGGAUCCGAUGGACCUAAAUAUGCAAAGGAUGUGGAGGAUCUCAUUACCUAUGGGACUUGUGGCUGUGUUGCUGGCUUUAUUGCAGAAGCUAUACAGGGUGUAGGUGGAAUUCUAGAGUUGGCCCCUGGAUAUUUGCCUGCUGUCUAUAGCACCAUUAGAAAGGCUGGUGGCCUCUGUAUAGCCGAUGAGGUUCAGUCAGGUUUUGCUCGCAUUGGAAGCCAUUUCUGGGGUUUUGAGGGCCACGGUGUUGUGCCUGAUAUUGUUACUAUGGCAAAGGGCAUUGGGAAUGGAAUUCCAAUUGGGGCUGUGGUUACAACUCCAGAAAUUGCGAAUGUCUUGACUCGUCGCAAUUACUUUAAUACCUUUGGAGGUAAUCCUAUGUGUACCGCUGGUGGCCUUGCUGUUCUUAGAGUGAUAGAGAAGGAAAAGCUUCAGCAAAAUGCUUUUACUGUGGGUUCAUAUCUGAAGGAGCGUCUUACAUCACUCAAGGGGAAGCAUGAGAUCAUUGGUGAUGUAAGGGGCAGGGGUCUGAUGCUUGGAGUUGAACUUGUACAAGAUCGCGAGUUGAAAACUCCAGCUAAGGUUGAGACUGCUCAUUUAAUGGAUGAGAUGAAAGAGCUGGGAGUUCUUAUUGGGAAAGGUGGUUUUUUUGGAAACGUGUUCAGGAUAACUCCUCCCCUCUGCUUCAAGAAAGAAGAUGCUGAUUAUUUGGUGGACGUGAUGGACUUCGUGAUGUCAAAGAUGUGAAGCUACUGCAACAAUGGAAGAAAACAGAUGUUUAUAAACUGCCAUAAUUAUGUACAAGCGUGCAGCUCUCUCUGGAACUUUGUUCGUAUUUGAAUUGUAUAUUUGCCUUCUGGCAAGGAGAUGGUGAGGCAUCACCUCGUUGUCUCCCUCUCCAUUUUAUUUCAACGUGUGGUAGACUUCUGAGUAAUCUAUUUCUGGAAAAGUUGUAUUGGACUCGAAAGAGUGAAGCAUAAGCAGAAUAUAAUAACACGACAGUCCAAGAACUGGAAUACACUUUGUAUAUCUACUAUCUAAGCAAUGAAAAGUUUUUACAUGUGUGGAGGGGUGCU